UCGAGGUUUUGCUCUCUUUAACAACACUCGAAUUUCCCCGUGUUUCUAUUUGGCUCAGGCAGCGGUACGUGAUUUCGAGUUAGCGAUCGAGGAGGAUGCAUGGGUCCUGAUGAUGCGUAGAGCGUGAAUGUCGAUCGGUGUUGCGCGUGCGAGGAAGAAGUAUUGCGAUAGGAAGGGGUUUGGGGUUUUAGCGGCGGGUGUGACAGAUUGCUGUGUACUGUGAAGAAUUGCGACGCAAGUGUAUCUUAGGGUUUGGGGAAAUUAGUUGGUGGAAUGGCAACGAGAAUCAGGCGAGGGCCGCCUGCGCCCUGGCUUCUGGGAAGCGGACUUGCGUGCAUGCGAAAUGAGCAGGUGAUUGUUCGGGAUGUCAACUUCACGGUUCAUCGAGGCUCGGCGGUGCUUCUGACGGGACCUAAUGCUUCGGGGAAGUCCAGUUUCCUCCGCUUGUUGUGCGGAUUCCUAAAGCCUAGUGCCGGUCGACUCUUUUGGGAUGGCAAUGAUUUGUCUCAACCUGGUCUCUAUGAUUUGUACCGGCCCCAAGUACAUUUGAUUGCUGCGAAAGACGCCAUAAAGAAAGCAAUGACAGUAUAUGAGAAUGUGCAUUUUUGGGAGGUGCUGGAAGGUGGUGAAGGACGAACACAAUGGGCAUUGGAUAGAAUGGGUUUAGGACCCUUUGCUCAAGAGCAGGCCGUCGUUCUGUCAAUGGGGCAGAGGAAGAGAUUACAGCUUGCAAGGAUGCUAGCUGUACCUAGACCAUUGUGGCUAUUGGAUGAACCCUCUGUUGGCCUUGAUGUCGAGGGCGUUGAGAUUCUCGAGGAAAUAAUGGCUGAGCACCGCAGCAAAGGAGGAAUGGUGUUUGUUGCUACUCACGUCCCAAUAAAACUCAAAGAUGCAAUGCAUUUGAGACUCCCUCCCAGGACCCCACAAUUCCGACAAUAUAAUGCUGGGGAUUUCGUUUGAGGAUUUCAAAGUCUGCUCGAAUGUUUUAUUCCAUGCACAACGGAUUUCAACUCUCGAACAGGCCAACACGCUCGCACCGUAAAUGUUUAGAAAUGCCUCACUAGCUAUUUAUCUAGUGGCUUUCCUUCUGUCUACGAAAGGGAAGAUUGGAUAGAUUGAACUCAGUAGUAGCACAUGGUGCAGCAAUUAAACGUCACUUGAAUUGGGUAAUGAAGAUGCAAAACUGACGUAGUGCUUUUCAUAUCUUCCAUUUGCCCCGCCACCGUUGUAUGAACCCUGUUUUGAUCAAAGGUGCAAAUAUAUUUGCCAAAAAAUUUAACAAUUA